AAGCUGGAACGACGUCACAAAACACAAACCACAAUGAAAAUCCUACUGAUGUUAACAAUUGUUUACGUUGUAGCGGCCGCCGAAACACCCGGAUUCUUUAUUAAACUCUCCAAAAGUGUUCCUCGCAUUGGACGUCGCGGUGAUUUCGAAAAUUUCUUUUUAAAACAAUCAAAAAGUGUGCCACGGAUCGGUCGACGUAGUGGAUAUGUGGCAAGUCCACCAGCGCAGGAAACUUCAAAAAAUUGGUUUGAUCGGCUCAUAAGUCCGUCCAAGCGCCCACUAACGGGCAGCGGUGAUUUGACGGAAAGUAGCCGUGUAUACAGCAAAGUACGACCUCUCGAUCUGCACCACAUUAUUGACAUUCUUUCGGAUGAUCUGUUCUUCGGAUCAGAUCUCAAAUUUAUAUCCUGGGAUGUGCUGGAUAAAGCAUUGGAGGAAGAUCCUGAUCUGAUGAGCAAACUGAGCGCGUUGGCACGUGAUAAGGAGGUUCAUCAGUUGAAACAGCUGCUGUCCACUGACAAGGAGGAGCUCGUGCAGUAUGUGCCGCUCGAGGGCGGAACAGCGGAUGUUCGAUCAAAUAAGGCCUAUAUUUAUCGCACUGAAGGGGAUGGAAAGAACACGCAGCUUGGCAAAGAGAAUGUUGAAUACCAACAAUGAAUUGGUAUAACUGGCAACUGACUCGAUCCGAAAUAGUGUAAUACGCACGGCACGAAAUAUCGGUUUCAAUUAUGCUUAUUAUGUUAUUGGAAGUAACCUGUUUUAACAAUGCAUUCUAUGCAGAAGUUUGGCCCUCUUUAAGCCCAGCAACCAAUCUAAUCAUUUGCUUUUAAUAAAACGCCAGAAACAC